AUGAAGCCAAUAUUAUCAAGAUUAUCAUCACCUUUAAUACCUUCACCACCUUCUUCGGUUAAUAUUAAUAAUGAGAGUAGUAAAAAGAGUAAGAAAGGUAAGGAUAAGAAGGGUAAGAAGAGUAAGAAGGAUAAGAAGGAUAAAAAGGUUAAGGAAACUGAUAGUAGUAAACCAAUUAAACAAAUUGAAAUACGAAAAAUACCGGAUAUACCAGAACUUAAAAGAAAACCAAAAAAAGCAAAAAAAUCAGCAAAAUCACCGAAAUCACCGAAAUCACCAAAACCCGAAGAAUUAGUACUAUCCGAAAAACCAGAAGCAGAAAGAUCAAUAAAAUCACUAAGAUUAGAAAAACCAGAGAGAUCUAGAAAUAUAUUUAAUAUAUCAGAUAGACUUGAAAGAAGAUCAGAAAGGUUUGAAAGAUCGGAAACACCAGGAAGAUUUGAAAGGAGAUUUGAAAGACAAGAAACUUCAGGAAGAUACGAGAGGAGACCAGAAAGAUUUGAAAAGAGACCAGAAAGAUUUGAAAGGAGACCAGAAAGAUUUGAAACAAGACCGGAAAGAUUUGAAGGGAGACCGGAAAGAUUUGAAGAGAGACCAGAAAGAUUUGAAAAGAGACAUGAAAUGGGAUUUGAAAGACCAGAAACAUUCGAAAGUUUUGAAAAAAAACCAGGAAGAUUAGAAAGGACAGCAGAAAGAUUUGAAAGACCAAAGACAUCAGAAAGAUUUGAAAAAAGACCAGAAAUAUUGGAAAGGAGAACAGAAAGAUUUGAAAGACCAAGACCAGAAACAACAGAAAGAUUUGAAAGAAGACCAGAAAUAUUGGAAAGGAGAACAGGAAGAUUUGAAAGACCAGAAAUGUCAGAAAGAUUUGAAAAGAGACCAGAAAUAUUAGAAAGGACAACAGAAAGAUACGGAAGACCAGAAAAAUUAGAAAGAUUUGAAAAGAGACCAGAAAUAUUAGAAAGGACAACAGAAAAAUUUGAAAGACCAGAAAUGCCAGAAAGAUUUGAAAGAAGACCAGAAAUAUUGGAAGCAUUUGAAAGACCAGAAAUGCCAGAAAGAUUUGAAAGGAGACCAGAAAUAUUGGAAAAGAGACCAGAAAUAUCAGAAGUAUUUGAAAGAUCAGAAAUACCAGAAAGAUUUGAAAGGAGACCAGAAAUAUUGGAAAAGAGAUCAGAAGUAUUUGAAAGACCAGAGACACCAGAAAAAUUAGAAAAGAGAUUAGAAAUAUUAGAAAGGAAGCUAGAAAGAUUUGAAAGACCAGAAGCACCAGAAAGAUUUGAAAGGAGAUCAGGAAUACCAGAAAGAUUAAAAGAUGAAUUAUUUAGAAAAAAAUUAGAAAAAUUGGAAAGAGAAAAUUCAGAUAAAAAAUUAAUAAAAUUAGAAAGAGAAAAUUCAGAUAGAAAAUUAGAAAAAUCAGAAAGAGAAAAUUUAGAUGAAAAAUUAAAAAAAAGGUUAGAAAUAUUAGAAAAGGAAAAGGAAAUAAUUUUAAGAAGAAUGAUGAGAGGUAAUGAGAUUGAAAAGAGUGAAAGGAAUAGAAAGAACUAUAAUGAUAUGUCUAUUUAUGAAGAUGAGUAUUAUAUUGAAACACAAGCAAGAAUUAGAGAGAAGAAAAGAAAAAGAGCUUUUGCUAGACAAGAAAAUUGGAUAGAAAAUUAUGAAAUUGCAAAUUUAGAGUUGUUUGAAGAUUUUCCAGCUUGGAUAGCAGGGCUUAGAUUACAAAAAUAUGAACCAUUAUUUGAAUAUAUGACUGAAAAAGGUAUUUUAAAUCUGACUGAUGCUAAAUUAGAAUCUUUAGGUAUGACAUUAGGUGCAAGAAAUUUAUUAUUAAAAGCUUUGGAAAAAAUUAGAGAAGCUAAAGAACAAAAUGAAAAAAAUGAAAGUAACAAAUUGAUAAAUGAAGCAAAAUGA